AUGAAUAAGAAACAUCAGAAUCAUCGGAAGAAGAUCCAGGACGGAGGCGUCGCGGCGGAAGCUGGUGCAGCUGGUGAGGCCGGAGUGUUGUGUGGGCGACGCGACCAGACGCAGCCAGAGUUCGAGUGGAGCGGUGGCGACCAGCGGCCCCGAGGAGUUUUGAGGGAGCGGAGCAGCGGUGGUCAGCGGCCCCGAGGAGUUGACGUGGAGGCGGUCACAGGCCUGGCGGUUGGGGGUGCGGCGGCCCGGUUUGGUGGCAGCCCAGCAGUCGGCGUGGUUGGCAAGCAAGUUGCUAAGCCUCGAGUAUGGAUUUGUGGAGACUCUCUGGUAGUCUCCGCCCAGAAAUGGGACUUGCAAAACCAACACUUCGGACAGUUGGAUUGGCUGCAGCAGAGCAUCAUUCUGGAGUGGCACGGGCAGGAAGACCUGACCUGGACUCAGCUGGUGUCCACAUUGCAGAAGCUGGCAGCUCAGGGUCAGGCCCCAGAUGUGCUGAUCAUUCAUCUGGGGGAGAAUGACUUCCGGAGUACUCCAUGGCCUGAGUUAAGACGAAUAAUUAAAAAAGAAUUGGUCUUACUUAAAGAAGUCUUCCCCAAAGUCAGGCUGAUGUGGUCAGAGAUGCUGCUGCAGAACAUCCGCCCUGCAGAAGGAGACGCUUCCAAAGUGGAGCAGGUGCUGCAGGAAGUGAACUUGGUCGUGGGGGGAUUUGUCUCCGGCUUCGGGGGCACAGUGAUCAAGCAUGUUGAAACUUCAAACAGCUUCCCUGUGUUGAAAGUAGACGGAAGUGGUUUGUCUCACAUCGGCCUUGAGCUAUUUUUGGAGGACAUAAAGGACACAAUUCGUGCUCAUGUGCUCCAGUCUAGUGGAACAGCCAGUGGUGGACUCAAGGAAGGCAGGAAUGUCUCUCCAUUAGCCCCUUCAGCUGAUUCUGCCAGCCUGGUCUUCACGAGGCAGGAGGUUGCGGUAGAAGGGGAUCACGUGGUGUCGUCUUCCAAGGAGCAGAAAGACAUACUUCGAACAUUUCAUUUCUGUACAAGAAGCUCUGGACACAGCUCUGAUAGUCCUGGAAGCAGCCCCAAGCCUCGAGUAUGGAUUUGCGGAGACUCCAUGGUCAUCUCAGCCCAGAAGCGGGCGUCUAGCACGGCAGCAGGCUCCCAGCUGGGCCUGGAGCAGAGCGCCGUCCUGGAGUGGCACGGGCAGGAAGAACUGACGUGGAUUCAGCUCCUGCCCUUCGUACAGAAUCUAGUAACUUGGUGUCAGGCCCCGGAUGCGUUGAUCAUUCAUUUUGGGGGGGACGAUUUAGUGCGCGCCUAUGACCGUUGCUUAUCCAGCAGAAUGAAAACAGAGUGGUCCCUGCUUAGAACACUUUUCCCCGGAGUCAGAGUGAUUUGGUCCGAGGUCAUCCCACAGGGCAUCGAGCGUGAACAAGGAGAAUAUUGCAGAUCGACAGUAAUGAACACAGAGAUGGGGAGGUCUAGAACACCUGUCCCCCAUUCCAGAGUGAUCUGCUCAGAGAUCAUCUCACAGGACGUCCAGCAUGGACAUAAAGAUUUCAAACGGAUAGGAAUGAGCAGAUUCAUGGGGCGUUCUGUCAGAGACCAUGGGGGCGAUGUGAUUAAACACCCUACAAUUGUAUCCGAAAACCCCAAGUUGUAUCUUGAUGAAGCUAAUCUGUCUCCUGCUGGCCUUGACAUAUUUUUGGAAGAUAUAAGGAAUGGGAUUCUUGCUUACGUGCUCCAGUCUCACAGAGCGACAGAUGGUGGACUCAGAGAAGGCAUGAGCCUGCCUCCACCUGCCUCUCCAUCUGCUCCCGCUGGCCUCGCCUCUGUGAGUCAUCAGGAGGCUGAGACACGGGAGGACGAAGUGGUCUCUUCUACAGAGGAAGCAUCAAGUGUGCAGACGAGCACAGGAGAAGCUGUUGUGAGCUCCCAGCCAGUGAGCAUCAAGGCAGAAACCUCUGGCGUGGCCAGUCCAAGCCCCCAACCAGGAACAUCUGGAACCCGCAAGGCAGAGAUCAAAGAUGUGGAGCCGCAGCCAGUACUCGGAAACAUUCCUCAUUGCUCAGGAUCUCCCGAGCAACCCUCUAAGCCUCGCGUCUGGAUCUGUGGGCACUCCUUGAUAGACAUAGCCCAAGAACGGGCAGCCACCACCAGCAUAGGGUCCCAGCUGGGGCUGGAGGAGGAGAUCGUUCUGGAGUGGCACGGAUGGGAUGGCAUGAUGUGGGUUCAGCUCAUUCCCUUCUUGCAGGAUCUGGCAACUUAUUACUGGCCCCCAGAUGUGUUGAUCAUCCACGUCGGAGAGAAUGAUCUAAUGUACACCCCGUGCGUCAAUUUCCUAAUUAAAAUCAUACAAAGGGAACUGUUCCUGGUUAAGGAACUUUUCCCAAACGUCAAAGUGGUGUGGUCAGAGAUAACGCCAUGGCCAGGAGUGCUGCAGUACUGGUUACUCAAGAAUACGAACCACAACGUGGCACGGGUUGUCAAAGACCACGGGGGCGCUGUGAUUAAACACCCUGAUCUUUUAUCUGAAGACCCCGAGUUUUAUACUGAUCAAGGGACGCUGUCUGACGCGGGCCUUGACAUGUUUGUGGAAGACAUGAAGAAUGGGAUUCUCGCUCACCUGUGCCAGCUUAGAGGGAAGGCAGCAGGGAAGGAACUCAAAGAAGGUGUUGGAUCACUUCCUCCCGCCUCUCCAGGCUCUCCCGUUAGUCGGGAAACUGCAACAUGGGAGGAGAGAACGGUCUCGUCUACCGAGGAAGCGUCAAGUAUGCGGAGGAGCACACGGGAGGCUGCUGCGAGCUCCCAGCCUGUGAAGAGGAAGGCAAAAAAAUCUGGCGUGGCCAGUUCAAGUUCCCAAACAGGAAUGUCUGGAACCCACAAGGACAAGAACCGUGUGAAAAAGAAGCUGGUACUUGGAAGCCUUCCUCCUUGCCCAGGAGAGGCUGCUGUGAGCUCCCAGCCUGUCAGUAUCAAGGCAGAGACCUCCGAUGUGGCCAGUCCAAGUCUCCAGCCAGGAACGUCUGGGCCUUGCAAGGCAGAGAACGAAGAUGCGGAGCAGGAGCUGGUAGUUAGCAUUCCUCUUUCCUUAGACAAGGCUUUGGAAGCUGAAGUGAAAUGUUUGGGGCCCCGGGUUGUCAAGAAGCAGAAAUCACAACAGGAAGCCGGCCGAAGGACCUUGGGAAGAAGGUCGGGGAGGACCCUUCGAAGUGGGAAGAAGAAAACGAGCAGUCCUGCCGUUCCUCAGGAGACUUCCAAGAGGGAUUCACUUUCUCAUAAUGGCCCAUCGGAUGCGAAGGCAAAGCCGCCUGAGGCUGGUGGUGCGCCAAACAAAGGAGGACUGGCUGCGGAAGGCAAAAACAAGACAUUGCCUGUGGGUGCACCAAUAAAGGAUACAAGUGUGUGGGGGGGCCCUCCUUCCCACAGGAUUGAAGUCACAAGAGAGGAGGUGAGAAAACAAGAGCCAAGCAAAGAGAGCCCUGACUUGGAAAAAAAUCCCAAAGGAGCAGGAUUGGUGCACGCGGCUUCCAUUCCUUCAGCAAAGCCCACUGAGGCCAAGGAGGAGCCCAGUUCUAAGGUUGUAGCAGCAGAAGUGAAGAAUGAACCUUCGGAGAAGAUGGAAUGUGAAGCUCCGUCAAAGCCAUCAAAGACUGUAACUUCGGAAGGCAAGUUGGCAGCAUUGACUACCAAGCCAGUUGACUUGAGUCCGUCUGAAGUAAAAGCUGAACAAGUCUCUGCUUCGUCGUCCAGCCUCGGAAAGGAAGAAAAGGUUCCAGAUAAGGCUGAUGCUGAAUUGCUGGGAAGUGCAUCGACCUCCACGGCAAGGGACAAAGAUCAAGAAUUAGCGGACCCUGCUGGUGAGCUCUCAGAAGAGUUGAAGGGCCCAGCCAAAACAGGAGGCCAGCCUCGGAAAGGAAGAAAAGGUUCCAGAUAA